AUGGGGACCCUCAAAGAAAGUUUCUCCAAACUUCCAGUUUAUUUUCACAAUUUGAAGAAACAUAAUCCUGGUACUGUGGCGUAUAUAAAAACUGGUUUGGAGGAUCGUUUUGAUCAUCGCUUUUUCGCUAUUGGAUGUGAGGUACGUGCUUUCAGAGAGUGUUGUAGAAAAGUUAUUAUUAUGGAUGGUGCUCAUUUGAAAGGAAAGUACAAAGGCACCAUCUUGCAUGAAGUAGCCAUGGAUGGCAACAAUCAGAUAUUGCCUAUUGGGUAUGGAAUUUGCCCAAAAGAGACUACGAAUUCUUGGACAUGGUUUCUUGAAGAACUACAUGAAUGCAUUGGUGAUGUGGAAGGUUUAACAAUUGUCACAGAUAGGGCACCCACAAUUGCUCUGAUAAGAGCUUACAAAACCAUUGAGUUUGAAUUCUAUUGGGGGAGACUUCGUAAUAUAAGAGAUGAUAUAGCGACAUAUCUCACUCAAAUUCCAUGUGAGAAAUGGACUAGAGCGUAUUUCCCUACCAUGAGAAAUGAUUUUACAAAUGAAAAAAGUACAACAAUACUUACGAAGUGGGCUGAAGAUAUGGUUAAAAAAAAUAAAGAGGGGAUUCAAAGAUGGUCGGUAUCCGGUGUUGACAAUACAACAUAUCAGGUGCAUGACUUCAAAAGUGGAGGCAUAGUGAAUUUGAGGGAAAAGACUUGUUCUUGCAGAUAUUGGCAACUAACUGGUUUUCCAUGUGGUCAUGUGAUAAUGGUUUUGCUGCACUUGAAAAAUGAUCACUAUGGACAUAUGGCUAUAGAUGCUUAUAAAAUUGAAACAUAUCGAAGAACGUACAAGCAAGCCAUAUACCCUCUUUCAGACCUUAGUGAUUGGGAGGUUCCGGAUGACCUUAUUGUUGUUAACCCUCCUGUGAUGGAAAUACAUCAAGCCGGUAGACCAAAAAACACCAAUCGUAUUCCUUCUUAA